UCCUAGACUCUAUCAAGACACCUUGUUAACUUUUACUUCCCUUAAGAUUAGAAUAACCAGGGGAAACAUUUGUUAUAGCAUUUAGCUAAGGGAAAGGCAGAAUAUUUUAGCAAGGGCAAGGAAUCCAGGGAAGAACACGAAGAGAGUUGAAUAGAACACGAGAGCAAACCAAGCAGAGUAUUUGUGGAGCAAUCAGAUUGAGGAAAUUAAAAAGUAGAAGGCGGAAGUACUGAAAGCGGGAAGGAGACCUCCAGAAGGGGAGAAAGGAUUAAACCCAAUCUAACAUUAGCAGUCAAAGGACCCCUGACGCCAGCCAAGGCGGGGAGGGGGGGGAGGCGGGGCCGCGAGCCUCCAGCCCCGCCCCCAGUCCGAGUCGGGCCCGCCCCCCGCCGCCCCGCCGCCCCGCCCUCCCCCAGGUCUCUUAGGUGAUGCUGCAGCCAAGAUGGCGCCGGCGGCGGCCGUGGCGGCCUGAACGCGAUGUUACCGGCUCUCGGCGGCGGCGGCGGUGGCCUUGGCCGAGGCCUCGCGUCUCUCCUGUGCGUGAGCACUCAGGCGCCUGUCCUCCGGCCGGAUUAGCCGGGACAGAGAAGAGACGGCCACGGAGAGCGGAGGGAGUGAGGAACAGAGCGAGAGCGUGGCGCCUCUCGCCUCGGCACCAUGGCUGGGAUUAUCAAGAAACAGAUUCUGAAGCACCUCUCCAGAUUUACCAAAAAUUUGUCUCCUGAUAAGAUAAAUCUAAGUACCCUUAAAGGAGAAGGUGAACUGAAGAAUUUGGAGUUGGAUGAAGAGGUGCUGCAGAAUAUGCUGGAUUUGCCAACAUGGCUUGCUAUUAACAAGGUGUUCUGUAAUAAAGCAUCCAUUAGGAUCCCAUGGACAAAAUUGAAAACACAUCCCAUUUGUUUGGUGAGUCCUGAAACCACCUCAGAAUCCCUGGAUAAGGUAAUAAUGGAAAUGAGUACAUGUGAAGAACCCCGAGCCCCUAAUGGCCCAUCACCAAUUGCUACUGCUUCAGGACAAAGUGAAUAUGGCUUUGCUGAAAAAGUAGUUGAGGGAAUUACUGUUUCUGUAAAUUCUAUAGUCAUCAGAAUUGGAGCAAAAGCCUUCAAUGCAUCAUUUGAACUUUCUCAGCUACGGAUCUAUAGUGUAAAUGCAAAUUGGGAACAUGGAGAUUUAAGAUUUACUCGUAUCCAAGAUCCACAGAGAGGAGAGGUUUUGACAUUUAAAGAAAUAAAUUGGCAGAUGAUACGAAUAGAGGCAGAUGCUACCCAAAGUUCACAUCUUGAAAUUAUGUGUGCUCCUGUUAGGUUAAUAACCAACCAAUCCAAAAUCAGAGUCACCCUUAAAAGAAGAUUAAAGGACUGUAAUGUCAUAGCAACAAAAUUAGUUCUAACCUUGGAUGACUUAUUAUGGGUUUUAACGGAUUCCCAGUUAAAGGCUAUGGUACAAUAUGCAAAAUCUCUUAGUGAAGCUAUAGAGAAAUCAACUGAACAAAGGAAGAGUAUGGCUCCUGAACCUACACAGAGCUCUACAGUAGUCCCAUCUACCCAGCAAGUAAAGACUCCACAGACUUCAAAUGCUCCUGACCUCAGUGACGCAAUUGCGAAACUAUUCAAUGACUUUGAUGUUAAAGAAACUUCCCAUCAUUUAGUGAUUUCUCAUCUAGAUCUACACAUAUGUGAUGACAUUCAUAAUAAAGAAAAAGAGUCAAACAGACGUAUUACUGGAGGGGCUAUGCAGCUCUCUUUUACACAGCUAACUAUAGAUUAUUAUCCUUAUCAUAAAGCAGGAGAUAGUUGUAAUCAUUGGAUGUAUUUUAGUGAUGCAACAAAAACAAAAAAUGGAUGGGCCAACGAGUUGUUGCAUGAAUUUGAGUGCAACGUUGAAAUGCUUAAACAGGCUGUGAAGGAUCAUAAUGUUGGGUCACCGCCUACCUCCCCAACACAUGCCUCUCCCCAGCACACAACAGAGAAGGAGCCCACUCUGAAAGGGACGUCCAGAACACCUUCAGUAUUAUCUCAGCCGUCAAAAGCUAAGCUAAUGUCUAGUUCAGUUGUGGUGAGGCUUGCAGAUUUCAAUAUUUACCAGGUCUCUACAGCAGAACAAUGUCGUUCUUCCCCCAAAAGUAUGAUUUCUUGCAAUAAAAAAUCCCUUUAUCUGCCACAAGAAAUGUCAGCUGUCUAUAUAGAAUUUACAGAAUAUUAUUAUCCAGAUGGAAAGGAUUUUCCAAUUCCAUCUUCCAACCUGUAUAGCCAGCUGAAUGCACUGCAAUUUACUGUGGAUGAAAGAAGCAUUCUGUGGUUAAAUCAGUUUCUAUUGGAUUUAAAGCAGAGUCUUAAUCAAUUCAUGACUGUGUACAAGUUGAAUGAGAAUUCAAAAUCUGAUGAGCAUGUUGAUAUUCGGGUUGAUGGCUUAAUGUUAAAGCUUGUUAUUCCUUCUGAAAUGAAAUCAGAGUGUCAUCAAGAUCAGCCACGUGCAAUUUCUAUUCAGAGUUCUGAAAUGAUUGCCACGAAUACAAGGCACUGUCCAAACUGUCGACAUUCUGAUCUAGAAGCUUUGUUUCAAGACUUCAAAGAUUGUGAUUUUUUUAGUAAAACUUACACAAGCUUCCCCAAAUCUCGUGACAAUUUUAAUCUUCUACAUCCAAUCUUCCAGAGACAUGCUCAUGAACAGGAUACCAAAAUGCAUGAAGUUUAUAAAGGAAAUAUCAUUCCCAAAUUGAAUAAACAUACCCUUAAAACUUCUGCUGCCAUGGAUGUUUGGGCUGUGUACUUCUCUCAAUUUUGGAUAGAUUAUGAAGGCAUGAAAAGUGGAAAAGGACGGCCAGUAUCCUUUGUAGACUCUUUCCCUCUUUCCAUCUGGAUUUGUCAACCAACAAGAUAUACAGAAUCACAAAAAUUGCUCCAGACUUGUGAUCAGGUAUCUCUAAACACAUCACAAAGUGAAUCUAGUGAUCUAGCUGGCCGGUUGAAACGAAAAAAGCUCUUGAAGGAGUAUUAUAGUACAGAGUCUGAACCUCUGACAAAUGGUGGUCAGAAUCUUUCAGCAGAUACAUUUUUAAGAUUUUCCUCUUUAUCCUUAGAAGCAGAUAUUCACGUCCUGGUUCAUGUUCAUAAACAUGUCAGUUUGCAAAUCAAUCACUACCAGUAUCUACUCCUGCUUUUUCUCCAUGAUUCACUUAUUUUGCUUGCAGAGAACUUAAGGAACGAUGUAGAAGCUGUAACUGGCAACCCUGCUAACCAUACAUCCGUCUGCAUUGGAUUUUUACUUAGAAGUGCAGAGCUGGCUCUUCUGCUACAUCCAGUGGAUCAGCCUAACAGGAUCAAGUCUCCUGUUUCUGAAAGUGUGAGCCCCGUGGUUCCUGAUUAUUUGCUUGCUGAAAAUGGAGAAUUUUUGUCUUCAAAAAGAAAAGAAGUUAGUGAUACAAACCGAAUUAGAGGUGAAACUGUUAAUCAUAUGUCAGACAACAGAUCUAUGAGUGUUGACCUUAGUCAUGUGCCUUUAAAGGAUCCUUUGCUUUUUAAAUCAGCUAGUGAUACCAAUCUGCAAAAAGGCAUUUCUUUUCUGGAUUAUUUAGCAGACAAACAUUUAGGGAAAAUAAGUGAAGAUGAAAGUAGUGGACUUGUUUACAAAAGUGGCUCAGGAGAAAUUGGACCAGGAGUAAGUGAUAAGAAGAAUUCAUCGUCUAAAGAUUCAAAUAGUGUCUUAAAUAACAGAGGAGGUUCAAAUAUGCCAUCAGUUGGUAAUGAUGGCAAUCAAAACAUACUUUCAAAUAGUUUAACUAGUAAAGGGAAUGAAACCGUAAAGUCAAUCUUUAAAGCUGAAGAUUUGUUUCCAGAAGCUGCUUCAGUCUCUGAGAACCUGGAAACCAGUAAAGAAGAGGUACCCACACUUAGGACACUCAAAUCCCAGUCAUCUCUAAGUGGAAAGCCUAAAGAACGUUGCCCACCCAACCAGGCUCCAUCCUGCGUUUCUUACAAGAACAUGAAAAGAAGCUCCUCACAAAUCUCAUUGGAUACCAUUUCACUUGACAGCAUGAUGUUGGAAGAAAUGUUGUUAGAAAGUGAUGGAAGUGACAGCCACAUAUUUUUUGAAAAAGGAAAUAAAAAGAACUCAACUGCAAAUUACCAGAGCUCAGCUGAGAGUGUGAAUGCCAGUGCAAGCCUGCAGAAUUACGGUGAAACCUCUCCGGAUGCCCUCAGUACAAACUCAGAGGGUGCUCCAGACAAUCAUGACGACCUGAUGUCAGUUGUGGUAUUUAAAAUUACUGGUGUUAACGGGGAAAUUGACAUCAGAGGGGAAGAUACGGAAAUCUGUCUUCAAGUGAAUCAGGUGACACCAGACCAGCUGGGUAACAUCAGCCUUCGGCAUUAUCUUUGUAAUCGUCCAGUUGGUUCAGAUCAGAAAGCUGCAAUUCAUUACAAAUCUUCUCCUGAGAUUUCUUUGAGAUUUGUAAGUGGGCCUGGUGCUGUAAUACACUCGUUGCUUGCAGAAAAGAAUGGAUUCCUGCAAUGCCAUGUUGAAAACUUCAGCACUGAGUUUCUUAUAUCUUCUCUUAUGAAUAUUCAACAUUUUUUAGAAGAUGAAACUGUUGCAACAGUAAUGCCAAUGAAGAUACAAGUUUCUAACAUGAAAAUAAAUUUAAAAGAUGACAGUCCUCGGAGUAGUGCAGUAUCUCAUGAACCCACUCCUGUAACUGUACAUAUUGAUCAUCUUGUGGUAGAGAGAAUUGAUGAUGGCUCUUUUCAUAUCAGAGAUUCUCACAUGCUUAACACUAGAGAUGAUUUGAAAGAAAAUGUCAAAGGUCAUUCUGAUUCAAUGCUGCCAACCAGCGGAAAGUAUGAUCUGAAGAAACAGUGCAGUGUCACUAAUGCCACUCGGGCCACGCAGACAAGUCCGGAAGUUCUUCGGCCUUCUCAGUCACUUAACUUUCCUGAGUGCUCAUUUGACUUUACUAGGGAGCAGCUCAUGGAAGAGAAUGAAUCUCUUAAACAGGAACUGGCUAAAGCUAAAAUGGCUCUUGCAGAGGCUCACUUGGAAAAAGAUGCUCUUCUCCAUCAUAUAAAGAAGAUGACAGUUGAGUAACAGGAAUGGUAGUCAAGACCCAAAUUAUAGCUCUGCAGUAGGAAGGUUAUUUUUACAAUGUGGAUGUUACCAAUUAGUGGAAAACUUUCAUUUUCAUAAAAAGACAGUAAAAUGAAAUGCAGUGUGAACAGUGGUGACUGUUCCAAAGUCCAUUUAGAAAGUAUGAGGUACUAAGAAACUAAAGAAAAGAAAGUAUAAGGUACUAGCAUUACAAUCUUUUGGUUGUGUUGAGGUUGGAGUUAACCCUUUUAUAAACUCAUGUGACCUAGGGAAGUCAGUACAUUCUGUAAAAUAAUUACAUGCCUAGUGAAAAGAUGUCAUUUCCUAAUUUUGAUAUCUCAUGACAGGCAUUUUUUAAAAAGAGAAAUGAAAACCUGUUGUUCAUCCAGAUUGCUGAAUUUAUUUCUUACUAUUUGUUAAUAAUUUACUAUUUACAAAAAUUCAAAUGCUUUUAAGGCUUAUGUAAAAUAAAAGAGGCUUACAUUGUAAAUGUUAUUAAAAUUAUGUACUUAAAUCUAUAAUUAUUUAAUUGUAAAAAGUUCAAACAAAUUAAUAAAUUAUAUAAUUAAUGGGUUUGAAAAACUCUGGAAAAUCUUCACCCUACUGAACUCGUAACGUGUCUUGUAAAUGUGGGGAAAAAAUCAUUUUAAGUGAGGGUAAACUAUAAUAUAUAAAUAGAAGCUAUAAUUUUCAACAAAAAGAUGGUACAAAUGUAAAAAUUGAAAGCACAAACUGUACAAAGGCAAAAUGUUAGAGUACAUGGCUCAGUGAUUCAAAAAGCAUUACUUGUACAUUCCUUUAAACAUUUAUUAUGAGAAGUAAAAGAGUAAAUUAAUCUUGCUAAAUUUGGUGGCAUUUGUAACUAUAAACAUUUUAAUUAAUACUAUUUAUAUUAUUUCUUUAUCUUCAUCUUUAAAAAGUGAAAUGUAUUCAGAGAAUUUUUUUCAUGCACAUAAAUCAAUUUCAUACCACUCCUAUAUAUAGUAUUACUAGGUGGGUGUUUGCACAAACAGUUUAUAAAGCUAGUUUUGAUUAAAGCUCUAUGUGAUACAUACAUACAUACACACACACAGUGUUCUAUAAUAAAAGUUAUUGGUAAAUUUUGAAUUCUGUUUUCUAGGGAUUAAGGUUGAAAUCAACAUGAGAGAAUAUUGCUCAUGCAUUAUGAAAUAAAAUACAUUAGUGUUUAAGGAACAGAAAUUUAAAAUAUAUUGCUAAUAGAAUUAAACCAAGUGGUGUCUAUUUUAAAAUUGACAUUUUUAAAUAUAAAUAUAUCCAAGAUAGAACAUGAAACAGCUGGACUACUCUUUCUUGAUACUUGAAAAUUUUAAACCAUGUUGCAACACUUUAUGGUGCUUUGCUUAUUUGGUGUGACUUAAAUAACUGUCCUUAUAUCUGAGUGCUUGGGGGGAAAAUACAUAUUUCAUUUACAUUAAGUACUGGAGUGAUUUAGGCUUUAUUGAAAGCAGUAUCUAGUAGUCAGGUAUGGUGGCUCAUGCCUGUAAUCCUAGCACUCUGGAAGGCUAAGGUGGGAGGAUGCUUGAGCUCAGGAGUUCGAGACCAGCCUGAGCAAGAGUGAGACCCUGUUUCUACAAAAAAAUCAAAAAAUUAACCGGGUGUGAUGGCAUGUGCCUGUAGUCCCAGCUACUCAAGAGGCUAAGGCAGCAUAAUUGCUUGAGCCCAGGAGUUUGAGUUUGCAGUGAACUGUUCUGAUGGCCACUAUACUCUAACCCCAGCAACUCUGUCUCAUAAAAAAACCAAAAGAAUGGGGCCAGGCAUGGUGGCUCAUGCCUGUAAUCUCAGCACUCUGGGAGGCCAAGGUGAGUUGGAUUGCCUGAGCUCACAGGUUCAAGACCAACCUGAGCCAGAGCCAGACCCCGUCUCUAAAAAUAGCCAACUAUAGCCUAAAAAUAGCCUAUAGUUCCAGCUACAUGGGUGGCUGAGGCAAGAGAAUCGCUUGAGUCCAAGAGUUCAAGGUUGCUGUGAGCUGUGAUGCAAUGGCACUCUACACAGGGCGACAGCUUGAGACUCUGUCUCAAAAAAAAAAAGAAAAGAAUAAAUAGUACUAGCCUCAUCACCCUACCCCAGCCCCCAUCUAUACAGUCUAUACAUCUAUACGUAAAAACAUAGGCACUGUUUUGGGUACUGAGAAUACAGCCAUGAAACUGUUGACAUUUUACCUCAGAGUAUUUGAAAAACCAUAUUAAACCAUGUAAAACUACAUAAUAGCAUUAGAUUAAAUGCAAAGGUCUAAUUAAAGAUUUAAGAUGUAUAGCUCUUAGAACAUUUGACUUGUAGAGAUAUAUUCAGCAAGAACAGUUUCUGUUUUAUGGAAAAGGAUUGAUGGACCAUAACUUCUUCAGAGCUAACAGUGUUUCUCUGGAUUGACCUAUUCUAUAGAAAUUUAAAUUUUUCUAUGAUCCUGUUAUAACAGUGUAGUGUUAAACUGAGUGUUUCUUAUUCCUUUUAAAUUUGUCUGGCCUUUCAAGAAAAUCAUAAGCAGUAGAGAUGAUAAUAGUCUGAGUAUUCUAUAUGCUUGAUUCAAUUUUUUUUAUUUAUACAAAAUACUAUUUUUAUAGAAGCUUAAAAUUCAUAAAAUAUUUUCAGAAACAUUCAUGUAACACCCACAACAAAUUUUGAGAGAUAGAUAUUAUUCAUGUGUUAGAGAUUUUGAAUUAAAAAACAUACCCUAAGGCUUAGGAAGGACAAAUGACUUGACUAAAAUCACAAUUAUUAACCUGGUCUUUUGACUCGAAGCCUAGUUAUUAUAUGCUUUUAUUUUAGCUUAGUCAUUAAUUUGCAGAUUUUCCCAGGGUUAUGGUGAGUGGAGGAAUGACUGUUUUUAAUCUAUUUUUCUUUUUAAAAUGACCGUAAUACCUUUGUGUGUGUGUGAUGUAUGGGUUACUGAAUAUUAUUUAAACUAUGUAAAGGAUAGUGGGACAAUUUUUAAGUUAAGCUCAAAUUAUUUAGCAGUGUGAGAAAUACAGGAAUAAACUCAGAAUCAAUGUACCAUUUUUUUUUAAUGACCAUAAAUUAGAAAUAAAUUUGUCAAGUCCUGAAUUAAAAAAAAAAGUAAAUGUCUAAGAGAGAGCUACUAAUUUUCAGGACAUAGACAUGGUAAUUAUGCUUUGCUUUUUUUUUUUUUUUUAAAUUUUGGAGGGUUGCCCUGGGGUGUGUUCAUUUUUAUUUGACAAGUAAAAAUUUUAUAUAUUUACGAUGUGCAACAUGAUGUCUUGAUAUAUGUGUACCCUUUGCCACGGCUAAAUCUAGCUACUUAAUGUGCUUUACCUCACAAUUAUUUUUGUGGUGAGAGCACUUAAAAUCUACUCUCGUAGUAAUUUUCAAAUAUACAAUGUAUUAUUAAAUGUAGUCACCGUGAUGUACAAUAUAGCUCUCUUGAGCUUAUUUUUACUAACUGAAAUUUUUGUCAUUUGACAAACAUCUUCCCAUUUCCUUGAUGCCCCCCAACCUGUGAUAACCACCAUUUUACUCUGUUCCUGUGAGUUAGAUGCUCUUUUCUUUUACACUCCCACGUGUGAACUCAUGCAGCGUUAAUCUUUCUGUACCUACCUAAUUUCACUCAGCACAGUGUCCUCUAGUCUCAUCAAAGUUGUCACAAGUGUUAAGUUUUUCUUUGUUUGUUUAUUUUGAGAUAGGGUCUGGCCCUGUAACCCAGGCCAGAGUGAAUAUGGCUCACUGCAACAUUUAACACCAGUGCUCAAUCAAUCCUCCUGCCUCAGCCUCCUGAGAAGCUGGGAUUGUAGGCGCAUGCCAUCACACCCAGCUAGCUUUUUAGUAAGGCUCAAUAAUAUUUCAUUUUGUAAAUAUCUCAUUUAUUUUAUUCAUUCGUCUAUUGAUGAAUGCUUAGGUAGAUCCCGUAAUCUUGUCUAUUGUGAAUAAUGCUGCAGUGAACAUGGGAUUAUAGGUAUCUGUGUAGCAUCUUGAUUUCAUAAUCCUUUGGGUACCUACUCUGUAGUGGGACUGGUGGAUUAUAUAAUAGUUCCAUUUUGAAUUUUUUUAGGAACCUACAUACUGUUUUCUAUAUGCCUGUACUAAUUUACAUUUCCACCAAUAGUGUUUAAGGAUUCCUUUUUUGUUAUGUCCUUGCCAACCCUUGUGAUCUGUUAGGUUUUUGAUCAUGGCCAUUCUAACAGUUUGGAUUUACCCAAUGACAAAUGAGAUUGAGCACCUUUCCCUAGACCUGGUGGCUAUUCACAUGUCUGCCUUUAAGACAUGUCUAUUUGACUUCUUUACCCAUUUUUGAAAAUUGGAUUAUUUGUUUUCUUGCUAUUGAGUUUUGAGUUCCUUACAUAUUUUGCAUAUUAACUCCUUAACAAAUAUAUGGUUUGCAGAUAUAUUUUCCCAUUCUGUGGGGUGUCUUUUCACUCAGUUGAUUGUUUCCUUUGCUGUACAGAAGCUUUGUAGUUUGAUAUGAUCCCACCAUGUGUCUGUUUUUGCUCUUGUUUCCUGUGCUUUGGGGGUCAUAUUCAAAAUAUCUUUGCUGUCAUGGAGCUUUUCCCCUAAGUUUUCUUCUGGUAUUUUUACAGUUUCAGUUCUUGCGUUUAAGUCUUUAAUCCAUUUUGAGUUGAUUUUUAUAUGUGGUGUCAGAUGAGGGUCUGAUUUCAUACUUGUGCAUAUGGAUGUUCAGUUUUCCCAUUUAUUGAUGAGACAUCCCUUUUCCUAUUGUGUGAUCUUGGCGUCUUUGUCAAGUAUCAGUUGAUUGUAAAUGGGUAGAUUUAUUUCUGGACUUUAUUUUAUUCCAUUGGUGUAUGUGUCAGUUUUUAUGCUAUUACCUUGCUGUUUUGAUUAUAGUAGCUUUGUAGUAGAUUUUUUUGAUGCUUUGCCUUUUAAUUUCCUGCAUGUCAAAAACACUUUGUGAGUAUCUUUCAUUUUUUCUUUUCUCAUUUCAUCCUAGAAUUUCAAAACAGCACCAUAUGAUACAGUUGUGAUUGAAGCAUUGUUUUUAGUUUAAGCCACAUAAGCAUGGCUGUGUAUGAUCACAGGCAAAUGUAUGUGAGAAAAAAUUAAUCAGAAACUCCUUUUGGUUUUUUUUUUUGUUUUUCUAUGUAGGUCAAUAUCAGAGUUAAAGACUUCCUUUUUAACAAGUUUCUGUUAACCUUCUGUGUAAUCAGGGGAAUCUCCUGUCUAGCAAAUGCCACGACCAUUCACCCUUGAUCCCAAACCGGUAACCUAGAACUCAUCUUAAGACACCUUCCUCUCUCUAUCAAUUCAUCACUUAUCAUUUUGUUUUGUAAACAUCUCUAACCAUUCCCUACAUAAACUGUGGUCAGCCCCUUAGCCUGCCUUACUGUCGCUAUCCUAACUGGUUUUCUUGCAACUGCUCCAUCUCUCCUCAGAUUCACUCUGUACCGUGAGCAGAAUUCUCUUUUUUGUUUAAUGUGCAAUUAUAAACAAGGCAACCCACCUGCCCCCACUCUCACCCCUAGCUUUUCAUUACUCUUAGGGUGGAAAUGAAAUAUUUUACAUGACCUACCAGGUCGCAUAUAUUAGAACCACUAUCUAAUUUAUAGGGUAGUUAGAGCAUUAAAUGAGUUAAUGUCUAAAAUGAUUAAAACGGUGUCUGGCACAUCACUUAAAAACACUCAAUAGAGGUAACCUGUUGUUACUAUUACCACUUGACCUCACUGUGUACCAUGUUUUACUUUGUACUCUGCCUUCCUUGCUCUUCUUUAGUACCUGGCGUGAGAAUUAUAGUGCUCCAUUUACCAGAGGACCUUUGUUGAUGCUGUUUCUUUGUCUUGAACUACCUGUUCCUCCCUGUUGGCCAGGUAAUUCUUAUUUGUCUUUCAGGUGUCAGCUCAUUCAUCACUUCCUCAAGAAACAUUCUCAAUUUCUGUCACAGAGUGAGAGCUGCUGUUGUAUUUCUCAUAUGACCUCAUACCCCUACUUAGCAUCUAACACCUUUGUAAUCUUACAUGUAUUCAUUUGAUUAAUGCCGGACCCACUAAAUGGUAAACUCCAUAUGGAUAGAAAUUGUUUCUUUGUCAUUGUCAUUAUUCAACUUUGUGUUCUUCCUUCUUCAUACAGUGCCUGGCACAUAGUUUGGUGCUCGAUAAAUUUAUUGAAAGAAUAAAAUGAAUGCCUGAGAUAAUCAACAGUAUUUUACAGAUACUGAAUUCUUCCCCUCAGUUAGAUUGAAGGGAGAUGAAACAAAGAAAGAAAAGUAGUUGGUGGCAGUCACAAAAAAAAGGUGAAGGCCUUGAGUCUGAAGGAGGAAAAGAGGUAGGAGGGUGGGACGCCAUGCUGUGUGUUCAGAAUUUUGAAUAUCUGAAUUUCUAGUUGAUUUAUUAUGAAGUAGAAAAUUAGCAUGUUACUUUGUUAAUGAACCCACAGAGGUGCUUCCUAAAGAUUGAUUGUGGAGGACUACCUCAGAUCCAUCUCCCUGAUGGAUGGGGCCCGGAGUGUUUUUAGAGGUGGAAUGAGCAAUGCAUGAAAUGAGUGAGCAUUAUUUCAUGUGAGGGGUGGCACGCACAGCGUGAAAUCACCCCGGCACAUACAUCCAUGAUCCAAAAAAGGUGGGGAUUUAUGGUAGUAGAACCAGCUGCUAAGGGUUAACUGUGGUGAUCGUCUCUUGUGCGUUGUAGGGAGUAGCUUGCUCAGGGGUCCUGGGUCAAGAUUUCAGGGAAUGUAUCUGGUUACUGUAAGGACGGCCUACUUUUCUGAAAAACAACUGAAAAGGGAGGGAAUGAGGGAAACCUGGUCCACAAAUUAUAGAGCUCUGGUAAGCAGAUCUUACUGGCCUGGGAACUUAAAACACGAGGGAACUACAAACAGGCAUUUUGUUCAGGAGGCUGGUUACGACUCCCUCUUCAUUUAGUUGUCAGUCUCGGAGAAUUAGGCUGUCAGUUGAUCUGUUUCUUGCUGACUUGGAGCAUAGUUGGGGUGUGAGGAACUUUGGAAUAAAGGAGUUCGACAUAGUAAAAUAAAUAACUUUUAGGGUUUUUUGGUAUCUUGGAGAAUUUGUAUUUUUAAAAAUUUAUUUCUUGGCUUUUAUAAAUUAUUUUUUGUAAUAUAUUUUUGAGUGGGAAAAGGGAACAUUAUGUUUAUGAUUUUUAUAUUGACUCAUAUUUUAUGGCAGUAACACAUAUAACCUAUAUUUAUAAUAUAGGCAAUAAUAAAAGUAAGAAUUAUAAUCACUAUGUCAAUUAAUAGAAUAAAAUAUAGCUGUAAUGUGUAGGCAAAGAAUGUAAGCAUUCUUCAUGGUACUGCUAGAGUGUCAGAAUGUCAUCUGUCUUUGAUUGUAACAUAUGGUGGUGUGGCUUUUGAGAUCUGUCAGUCCUCUCAGCUAAACUGAAUGGAAAUAAGUCAGAAAGAGCAGUGGCUGAAAUGAUUUCUCUCUGGGAAAUUGACACUCAGAAUGAAUUUCAUUUGUGCCUAAUUCCUUGAAGUGCAAACAGUCUUACUUAGCUUGUUCCUAGACGUGCUAUGGAAAGUGUAAUAAAAUUUGAACUCUGUUUUGAUUCUUUUUAAAAUAUAUAAAAUACUGAAAGUUAUAUAUGAACAGUAUAUAGAAACACCUAAAGCAGCAAUGUUUCAAAAAUGAUAAUUUCAUAAAGUUAUAAUACUUGGUAAAUUUUUAUUUUUUUGUUCCUGACUUGGUGGUUUUUGAGGUGUUAACCUUAAGGUAACAUGAAACAAAAAUUUAAAGAUCAUUGUUUUUAUAAAUCAGCAAGUAUUAUGUCAUGAGUUUUAUAAAGUGGAGCGAGAUUCAUGUCAGUGUUAAAAUACUGAAAUUCAGCAUAUAUGUUGCCAAUGCUAUUGUGUAGUCUUAGCAUGUUUGAAAAUUUGAAACUUUUAAAAGAGAAGCAUAUUAAGAAAUGUGAAAACGUCUUCUUUUUUGCUUUGUACAUAGUAUUAUAAAUCAUGUGCAAUAAAUUUUUGGCCCUGGGAAAAUA